GAUCCUGGUCUCCUCCUUCUCCGAGGAGCAGCUGAACCGCUACGAGAUGUACCGGCGCUCUGCCUUCCCCAAGGCCGCCAUCAAACGGCUGAUCCAGUCCAUCACCGGCACCUCGGUGUCCCAGAACGUCGUCAUCGCCAUGUCGGGCAUCUCCAAGGUGUUCGUCGGGGAGGUGGUGGAAGAAGCCCUGGAUGUGUGUGAGAAGUGGGGGGAGCUGCCCCCCCUGCAGCCCAAGCACAUGAGGGAGGCUGUCAGGAGGCUCAAGGCACGGGGGCAGAUCCCCAACUCCAAGUACAAGAAGAUCAUUUUCCACUGAGGGAGGCUGAGAGGAGCUUCUUGCAGGACCUUCCCACGUGGAAUCCUCCACAAGGCCCCUCUGGGCUGGCCUGGGGGCCUCAAGGAUGUUCCUGCUGUCCCUGCCCACCGUGGGCAGAGCUGGGGCCACCCUCAGCCUGGACUUUGGGGUCUCAGCACAGCAGGGAGAGGAAAUGCAGGGGCUGCAGAGCAUUUCCUGCUGGCCCAGGUGUGCCACCUGUGCCCAGGUGUGUGGCUGUUUUUGUACAUUAAACUUAAUAAACUUAUUCUUGUGUUCAUAA